GUCCAGCCGACGUUGGAGGCUCCGGUUGAGAUACCGUUGUAUCAGCGAAGACCACAGGAUAAAUUGGUGCUGCAUGUGUUUCACCCGCAAACGGGUUUGCUGAUCGGCGAGACUUCAAUUAUGAAAUAUGAUAUGCGUAGAAAUUUGCCAUGGACGAUUGAGUCGGAAGAUCAGUUGGCAGGCGCAAGGUGGUGCGCAGUAGUGGCUUCUGAGAAUAAGCAGACUUCUACGGUUGAUGAUAAACUGCCGUAUGUGACGGCCUUGAAGGUGGUCCCGAAGCUCACUGGUGGGUUGACGGA